GUUUGCGGAGUCACGUGCUUCACUCGGAGGUAAUCUCUCUGAGAAGGCAUGCUUGUUGUUUCCGCGAGCAGACCGAGCGAUCGGAAGUGAAGCUAUUGCGGCUGAUGUCGAUGAUAUCAGCGAAAAGGGCAGAAACGCACUUGGUCCUGAUUUCGGCCGCUAUGUAG